ACUCGACAAAGAAACUACAAAUGGUGGCUCCUAAUGACAAUCUAUACAUUUUUCCUCCUCGCCGGUCAGUCGAUGUCUACACUUCUCGGAAGAUUGUACUAUGACAAAGGUGGAACUAGCAACUGGCUAGCAACCUUCGUUCAAAUUGCCGGUUUCCCGAUACUUAUGCCAUUGUAUUACUUUUCAUCGUAUAAUUCUUCAAGCCAAAACACAAAGAAAAGCAACAUGAAAAUGAACACGCCAUCUGUUUUAGUUCUUUCGGGUAUGUAUUUUGGACUCGGAAUACUUUCGGCCGUCAGUUGCCUGUUGUAUUCAGUUGGCCUUUCGGAUCUUCCGGUUUCAACUUAUUCCCUCAUUUGUGCUUCCCAGUUAGCCUUUAAUGCCUUCUUCUGCUUCUUCCUCAACUCACAAAAGUUCACCCCUUUCAUAAUCAACUCUUUAGUACUACUCACGAUCUCCUCAGCCCUUCUCGUGUUCCAAAACGAUUCCUCAGGCUCCACGCCGGUUUCCAAAGGCAAAUAUGUGAUUGGAUUUGUAUGUACGCUAGCUGCGUCGGCAGGGUAUGGAUUAUCGCUGGCUCUAACACAAUUUUGCUUCCAGAAGGUUGUGGAAAAACAAACGUUCAAGGUUGUGUUGGACAUGAUAAUCUACCGGCAAUUUGUUGCAACUUUGAUAAUCUUUGUGGGUCUCUUCGCCAGUGGGGAAUGGAAGGGUUUGGGCAAAGAAAUGGAAAGGUUUGAACUGGGGAAAUUAUCGUACGUGAACGUUUUGGUUUGGAUCGCCAUAGGGUGGCAAGUUUUCUCGAUCGGUGCGGUGGGUUUGAUAAUGGAAGCGUCUUCGCUUUUCUCGAAUGUCAUCAGCACGUUGGGGCUGCCUAUUGUUCCAGUGUUUGCAAUGGUGUUUUUCCACGAUCCCAUGACCGGGAGUAAGGUCGUUUCUAUGGUGUUGGCCAUUUGGGGAUUUGUUUCUUAUGUUUAUCAGCACUAUCUCGAUGAUCAGAACUCUGAGACUGGAAUAGUUUGA